AUGGCCCCGGCGGCGCACGGCAGGCCGGGAGCGGCAGGCGCUGCGCAGGCGCCGCCGCGGGGCGCGCUGCCUGGCAACGGCGUGCGCCCGGGGAGGCGUCCCACAGCGCCCCCUUGUGGCCCUCCCUGGCGGCGCUGGGACGGCCCCGUACACCCCGCAGCCUCGCAGUGCCGCUCAGUGCCCCCUAGCGGCAGCCCAGUGCCACCCAGAGCUUCCCAGCACCGCUUGAGUGCCCCCGAGCUGCAGCCCAGUGCCACCCAGAGCUUCCCAGUACCGCUCCAGUGCCAGCCAGCUGCAGCCCAGUGCCACCCAGAGCUUCCCAGUGCCGCUCCAGUGCCAGCCAGCUGCAGCCCAGUGCCACCCAGAGCUUCCCAGUACCGCUCCAGUGCCAGCCAGCUGCAGCCCAGUGCCACCCAGAGCUUCCCAGUACCGCUCCAGUGCCAGCCAGCUGCAGCCCAGUGCCACCCAGAGCUUCCCAGUGCCGCUCCAGUGCCAGCCAGCUGCAGCCCCGUGCCACCCAGAGCUUCCCAGUACCGCUCCAGUGCCAGCCAGCUGCAGCCCAGUGCCACCCAGAGCUUCCCAGUACCGCUUCAGUGCCCCCCAGCUGCAGCCCAGUGCCGCACAGAGCUUCCCAGUACCGCUCCAGUGCCAGCCAGCGGCAGUCAAGUGCCACCCAGAGCUUCCCAGUACCGCUUCAGUGCCAGCCAGCGGCAGCGCUGUGCCACCCAGAGCUUCCCAGUACCGCUCCAGUGCCAGCCAGCUGCAGCCCAGUGCCUCUCAGAGCUUCCCAAUACCACCCAGCGCCUGCCAGGGACAGCCCAGCGCCUCUCAGAGCUACUCACACCAAUCCAAUACCACCAGCCGCGGGGCGCGCUGCCUGGCAACGGCAUGCUGCCGGGAGGCGUCCCACAGCGCCCCCUUGUGGCCCUCACUGGCGGCGCUGGGACGGCCCCGUGCACCCCGCAGCUUCCCAGUGCCGCUCAGUGCCCCCUAGCGGCAGCCCAGUGCCGCACAGAGCUUCCCAGUACCGCUCCAGUGCCAGCCAGCGGCAGCGCUGUGCCACCCAGAGCUUCCCAGUACCGCUUCAGUGCCCCCCAGCUGCAGCCCAGUGCCACCCAGAGCUUCGCAGUACCGCUUCAGUGUCCCCUAGCGGCAGCCCAGUGCCACCCAGAGCUUCCCAGUACCGCUCCAGUGCCAGCCAGCGGCAGCCCAGUGCCACCCAGAGCUUCCCAGUACCGCUUCAGUGCCCCCCAGCUGCAGCCCAGUGCCACCCAGAGCUUCCCAGUACCGCUUCAGUGUCCCCUAGCGGCAGCCCAGUGCCACCCAGAGCUUCCCAGUACCGCUCCAGUGCCAGCCAGCGGCAGCCCAGUGCCACCCAGAGCUUCCCAGUACCGCUUCAGUGCCCCCCAGCUGCAGCCCAGUGCCACCCAGAGCUUCCCAGUACCGCUUCAGUGUCCCCUAGCGGCAGCCCAGUGCCGCACAGAGCUUCCCAGUACCGCUCCAGUGCCAGCCAGCGGCAGCCCAGUGCCACCCAGAGCUUCCCAGUACCGCUUCAGUGCCCCCCAGCGGCAGCCCAGUGCCGCACAGAGCUUCCCAGUACCACCCAGCGCCUGCCAGGGACAGCCCAGCGCCUCUCAGAGCUACUCACACCAAUCCAGUACCACCAGCCGCGGGGCGCGCUGCCUGGCAACGGCAUGCUGCCGGGAGGCGUCCCACAGCGCCCCCUUGUGGCCCUCACUGGCGGCGCUGGGACGUCCCCGUGCACCCCGCAGCUUCCCAGUGCCGCUCCAGUGCCAGCCAGCUGCAGCCCAGUGCCACCCAGAGCUUCCCAGUACUGCUCCAGUGCCCCCCCCAGCGGCAGCCUAG